UGCUAACAGAGCUAACCUGGCAACCCCAGCUGCCGGUUGUUUGUUCAGGAGUAGAGAGGAAGAUGGUGGACUUGGUGACAACAGCGUGCUCAGAACUCCGUCCCAAACAAUUUAGAAAAUGCUUAAUAUCUCAACCUGGUAUUAGAUAUAGAUUGCCGGGGGACAAUCAUAGAUAAUACAUUGUGAAAACCGUUGAAUACAGUGACUUUUUCGCCACCGGACAACUCUUUAUUCCAAGAUUAAAGAAAGCGGGGAGUUGCUGAACCACCAGGUGGUUGCUGCUCGUAAAGGACGCUAACCAACGUUAGCCAAAGUGUCAACAAAAGUGUGAGAGAAGGUGUAAUUUUGGAAGCUGCUUUUUACCCAGCUGUCAAGAUAAACCACAUAGACCAUUCAGCCCUCUGCUGCUGCUGCCUAGACACCAACUGUCAAAUCUGUGAGGAGCGGAUAUAACACGUUACCUGACAGUUGGGCUGAAAGUAGGCUAACUUUAGCUAGCUAACCUCAGCUAGCUUUGUUGUGAACUGUGGAUCAGAGCGCUACUCAAAAUGCCACGGAGUAAAAAGGGGAAACGUGGCUCCAGCAAGCCGGGCUCUCUACGUCAGGAGGUUCUUCAGCUGCAGCUGUCGGCUAAAGCCUCACUGAAAGGUAUUAAAAAUGGGAUGAAAGGAGAGUCGGGGGCCAGUGAUGAUGAGCUGACGUCUGAUAUUCUCAGCCACUGUAGCAGUGCCAGUGAAAGUACCUCUGUGUUGGAAGAGGGCACAGGAGGGGAGCAGGUGGAUGAGCAGACUGCCCAGGAGGAAACUGAAGAUAAACUCAAGCAGUGUAUAGACAACCUGAUGGAUAAGAGCACUAAGACGCGUCUAGCAGGUCUCGAGUCGUUGCGACAGGCCUUCUGCUCCAGAGUGCUCUACGACUUCCUGACUGAGAGACGCCUCACUAUCAGCGACUGCCUGGAAAGAAGCCUUAAAAAAGGCAGCGUGGAGGAGCAGGCAGCAGCGGCCACACUCUUCACCCUGCUCUGUAUCCAGCUGGGGGUGGGAGGGUCUGGAAAUUCUCCCUGCCUGUCAAGAUUGUUGCUGAGAUAUUUUAAAUGGAAGAAGAACAGUUUUAGGGUUGACAAGUGUGCCAGAGCUUUGGGGCUGUGCUGUUAUGUUUCUACCGCGGAAGAAGGAGAGGACUUGAUCAAGUCAUUGGCGCUUCUGGAGAGCGUGUUCAUGUCUUCCUACCCCAACAGAGAUGGAACGCUGCCCACACCCAAACCCGGCAGUCCAGGCCUCCACAGCGCCGCCCUGCAGGCCUGGUCGCUGCUGGUCACCCUCUGUCCUACAUCUAGACUGACUGUGCUGCUAGACCUUCACCUCCCCAAACUGCAGGCUUGUCUGCAGAGCAGUGACGUCAACUACAGGAUAGCAGUGGGAGAGACCAUCGCCCUGCUGGUGGAGCUGGGACGAGAUAUAGACGAGGAAUUUGAGGUGGAGGACAAUGAAGGUCUGUCUCAGUGUCUAAAGAGUUUAGCCACAGAUGGCAAUAAGCACCGAGCCAAGAACGACCGGAGGAAACAGCGCUCCAUUUUCAGAGAGGUGCUACAUUACAUAGAGAACGAGGACUUCACCGAGGAGAAGAUCCGGUUUGGAGUGGAGAGCGUCUACAUCGACAGCUGGAUGAGGAGAAGAAUCUACGAUGCCUUCAAAGAGAUCCUGGAGUCCGGAGUCAGACACCAUCUACAGUUCAACCCACUACUGAGAGACAUCUUUGGCCUCGGCCCUCCACUCAUCCUGGACGCUACUGUCAAAGGCAACAAGAUCUCUCGAUUUGAGAAGCAUCUUUUCAACUCGGCUGCUUUUAAGGCCAGGACUAAACAGAGGAACAAAGUCCGGGACAAACGGGCUGAUGUCAUGUGAGAGACUGACGGGGAUGGAGUGAACGGAUGAGUGUACAGUACACGGAACUCCUCGGGCUGUAUUGAGAUGGAUACAAAAUGAUGCCUUCAACGUUUCAGCUGUCAGACGCACAAAGACUCAACAAACUCUAAACAGGGCUUUUUUUCCUUUGUGCACUUCACCUGAAAAAACUAAUCCUCCAGAUUUAAGACACCCAACAAUUAUAAAAUUUGGCCCCCACUGUUAAAAGGCAAUUUACUGUUCCUCCUCGCAGGCAUUUGCUUUUCACAGUGAAUUGCAACGACAAUUGCUCACAGUAUUACAAAUGCCUGUUCCGAGGCUUCAUAGUGGAUAUGAACUGUAAAACAAUGCUAAACGUUUUUUACGUGGGGUUGCAACAACUUCAUUACACAGGAGAGGAAAAGAAAUGCAGUCUUCAGAUAUCAAAAUUAUCUUUUUUAUUAAUUUUAUCAAUAGAAGUACAGAGAAAGUAUAGUAUUAAGUGUCAUUGUAAGACUCCCAACAUUUUGAAGCUUUAUGGUAGAUUUGAGAUCUGUGGAAGCCGUCCAUGUUAUGGUCACUGAAACCCUCUUUGGUGCUGAUGUGUAUCGUUUCUGAUACUCAUCUUGAACUGCUGCCUGGUGGCUUGACAGAUCAGUCAAGUCUUUUUUUUUAUUUUAUUUUUUUAAUCCUAAUUAUUGACUUCGGUUUCCACCAUAAAGCUGCUUUUCCUGGACAUAAUCAGUCCUGGUAAGUCUGUGAAGUUUAAUGUUAGAUCAGCUUCUGUAACACAAAGCCAAAAAGAGCCACAAUAUUCCGGAAAAACUCUUCUCCACUCUGAACUAAAUAUUCCUCGUUAUUCCCUCAGUCGUCGUCUGUUUUUCCACCCAGAGUGGCUGCUUCCAACUGCCAAACCAGAAACUGACUUUACAAACAAUGCAACCUAAAAGAAAAUGUGUGUGGUGUUUUUGUGAGUGUUUUUAAUUGAAUUUUAUUUAACAUCAUGAAAUAAAACGCAUAAACACGAAGAUGCCUAAUUUUAAAAAUCAAAUUAAAGAGGUAAUGUUGUCAUCUUUGUAUUACUAUUUUUUUGGAAAGGAAAAAUGUUUUAAUCAUUUCUGGUGGAUAAUUGUAUUUUACCUUCUAAUUUAUUAAAAGAACAGUACUGUGUGAUAAUAUUUUUUUUUUUUUUUAGGAAAAAUGCUAAGAACUGUUUACAGACACAAUGAUGGGAUACUGAUAACGAGAAGAAUUUCUAUUUUUAUUUUUUUUCAUGUAUAUUUUUAAAUUCAGGUUGGUGGGUCAUACAAUCUAUCCAUGUGCAUGUACACAUGUAUAGACUGUACAUAGGGAUUUAUGGUAAGCUGUGUACUUGAAUCAUGAGAUGCAUUUAAAGGAUGUCUCCUCUGAUGAACAGUGAAUACAUACAGGCCACUAACCAGAGCUGCUGAUCAGAAGUUUGCUGGUGGUGUUUGUAACGGUCAGGUGUUAUUGAUUAUAUUCAAUUUAAAAAGCACGCUUCACAGUUGCCUGGGAAUUUCAGUACCUUGGUGAAAAUGUGUCAAGUUUCACAGUUUCUAUUGUUGAACCAGGUUUGACCCCCUGCAUGAUUAUUACAGCUUCGCUACACUGUCUCAUCAGUGGUUCUGGUGUUAGGGCACACGGACAGAAGAUGGAUCAAAUGAAAUAAAGACUAUUUAAGCGUG